CUCUCCCACACGGAGGGCAGACCAGCUGAGAGCUAACUCACUCACAACAAGGAAGACAGCUCUGUUACACACUUCACAAACACCUGUCAAAACCUCUGGAACUAUUCAGGAAAACAUCUCAUCAUGUGCAGAGGACUCGAAUCACUGCCCAUCACCUGCCUGGAGAGGGCGAAGGAGCUGAAAGCUUUGUUUGGAAGUUUACUACAGAAGUCAGAUCACAGCAUCACAUCAAAGAAAAGUGACAAAUUGAGGUUAAAUGAUGACGAGCCUCUGAAAUGGAAGGAGUCGUUUGAGAAACUGCUGUCUAGCCAAAAUGGACUGUGCCUGUUCAGAGCCUUCCUCGUCUCAGAGUUCAGUGAAGAAAACAUCGCCUUCUACUUGGCUUGUGAGGACUACCAGGCGACGAAACCCUCAAAACUGGCCGCCAAGGCAAAGAAAAUUUAUGACGAGUUCAUCGGAUCUGAUGCACCACGAGAGGUAAAUCUGGACCAUGUGACCAAAGCCAUCACAAAAGAGAACAUGGAGCAUCCGGGCCAGUCCUGUUUUGACCUGGCUCAAGCCAAAAUCUACGCCUUAAUGGAGAAGGACUGCUACCCCCGCUUCCUCAAAUCCUCCACGUACCUGGAGCUCAGCAGAAAGACCAAGACGGGCUAAAGACUUUUCUAUUGAAGACCUCUCCUGAAAACAGCAGGCAUGAUGUGAUCACUCCUCAAAGGGACAUAAGCUUACUGACGCACAGCAGAGACUGGAAGGGUUCAGAUGGAACAGUUACCUCAGUCAGAGGAGUUUUUGCACAGUUUCGUGUGGAGUUAUUUCGGAGGAUCCGCACGUAUCAGGGUCCAAGCUGGAAGCUAAAGGAACACUGUGGCUGUGAGAAGAGACUGACACAGACUGAGCUGCAGGCGAUGACUGCCUCUGAAAGAGACACGUGUACUGUACAUACGGGGCCACAGUGGCAUGAAGUAUAAAGUGCAGAGACAGUUUCACACAACAAAACUACCACUUGGAGAGAUGCUUAGUCUUCUCCGUAGCAUUAAUGUUUAUUUAUUCUUUAUUUAUUAAAAGUUAAUUCUAUUAUGUAAAUGUUUGCUGUGUAACUGGUUGGUUAAACCAAUUUGUAUUUUCUAUGUUUUUUUUUUAAUCUGAAGUACUGUAUGUGAAACCAAGAGAAUUGAAUAAAGGAUUGCCAGUUUUCAGAGACAAAA